CUUGUAGCUCAGUAAGGUGGUGCCUUCGUGUAUGUGUGUAAUAGCUAGGGCUACGAUGGAGAUCUACCAUGCAGAAUUCCUGUUGUUUGUAGGGGUUUGUCUGUUAAAUAUUUACGUCGUUCUUGUUUAUUGGAAGUGGUCGUUAGGGCUAGUCUUACUGUACAUAGGUUAUCGACUGACCAAAGUGAAACACAGACUGACCGUCGAUGGGAAAGCGAUUCUAAUAACGGGUUGUGACACAGGAUUCGGAAACCACAUCGCCCAGCGCUUAGACGACAAAGGAUUUAUUGUGUAUGCAGGGGUUUUGAAUGAAAACAGCAACGGAGCCGAGGCCCUACGUUCUCGUCAUUCAUACAACCUACAUGUCAUCAAACUGGAUGUCACGAAGGAAGAGGACGUAAACACAGCAUUGGAGUAUGUGACGAAUAGAGGAGAUCUGUGGGCGGUGAUAAAUAAUGCUGGGAUCAAUAUGCCAGGAGAUGUAGAAUUAGCGACAAUAGAACAAUACCAGAAAUGUGCCGAUGUCAACCUGUACGGUCCGAUACGGGUAAUUCGGGCAUUCCUGCCGCUCAUCCGCGAAUCUAAAGGAAGGAUUGUAAACGUUUCGAGUGUCAGAGGGCGUUUUUCCUGGCCAAGUGAGUCUUUGUAUCAUGUCACUAAACAUGGAUUAGAGACCAUGAGUGACUCGCUCAGGAUGGAGAUGAAGAAGUUUGGAGUGAAGGUGGUGAUUGUCGAACCAGGAAACUUUGUGGAUGCCACAUCGAUUUGGAGUCCAGACAUGAUGGAGAGGAUCCGGAGGGAGACGGAUUACAUGUGGGAACACGCCUCGGAGAGUGUUAAGAAGACAUAUGGACGAAACUACGUCUAUCGAAAUCUGAAAGGAACAAACGGAAACCAAGGGACGUUAUCUAUGGCCCCACUUACUGACGCACUGGAGGACGCCAUCGUCACUGAACACCCAAACAUCAGAUACCUGGUACCAGGGUAUCGCCUUGACGUUUACGCUAUAAUUGCCAAUUGGAAAAAUUCGAAACGAAAAACAAUGUUCGAGUGGUGAGGGCCAUUUUCAUCAACCUAAGAGUAGGCGACUUUCCAAUGUCGCAUCAACUACAAUUUGUACAAGUUACCUCCCCUUGUACAAACCAGACGGCAACCAGAGUCCUGAACUCAUCGGGAUUCAUCUUAGAAAUACGGGACAUAAUUUGUCCUCGGUGAAGUCGGUAUUGAUAGCUAUGUGUGACUGUUCCACAGCACCUGAAAACGUAUACAGCUUAUAUGUAUAUGUUGGUGUGUUAAAGUCUGAAUGAACGUGAUGAUGAUUGUGGUUACAAUGAUAAUAAGGAUUUAAUAAUGUCACGAUGAUGAUAAUAUGUUUGUCUUUGUAAAAAUAUUGCAAUAAAUUGGUGAUGUUUCAU